UGGUGAAUUUACCAUUACAGUGAACGCCACAGUACUUGGAGGCUAGACCGCUAGCUAGGUUGCUAACCUUUCACUAAACUGAUCAUACAUCAUUUGGGCAAAAGAAUCAUGUCUUUUAAACGAGAAGGCAACGACAAAAGUCAGCUAAAUAUCCUCAAGAAACGUCGCGUCGCAGAUCUUCUGUCAAACUUUAUUCCAGAAGACGAAGCAGCACUUCUGAGCAAUGGAAGGUACACUUGUCUUGUGUGCCACCACCGCCCCGUUUUUGACACCGUCGACAUGGUGACAGUCCAUAGGAAAGGUAAAAGGCAUCUAGAAGGUUUAAAGGCAUUCUAUGGUAAGAAAGCCCAGUUGAAGCAUAAAAUAACAAAAAGGAAACAAGAAAACUUCAUCCAAGCUGAAGACCAGAGGCAGGAAGUAUCCAGUUCAGCAGCUCCUUUACUGGCUCAAACACGGAAGCUGACCCAUCACGCUUUGCUGAGGACCGGCCCGUAUAACAGCUGCCAUCGUAGAACCAGCAAAACUGUAAAAGGGCCAGCGAGCAGCAAAGGUGUACUUGAACACACAGCGCCACCUUGUGGAGCUGCAAAGUCAGAAGAGGUUCAGAGCAUGUCAGGCGCUGACCAGUCACAUUCGUCUGACACCACAGGAGGGCGUCCCCAGGCUGCGACUAACCCGGCAUCUGAGCCCAUGUCGGCCCAGAGAAGACGAGAGCUAGAGCAUUAUCUCAAACUGAAAAGCGACGGAUGGCUGCGGGAUCCGAGCGGCCGCUGGGUGAAAGACGGGGAUGUGGAGUUUGACUCCGACGAGGACGAGCCUCCGUCGCUUGCCAUCGUGCCUUCAGGGGAUGCCAGUGAACAGCCAUGAAGUUCCCACUCUGACACUUCUCUGAUCCCUGUUCUGUGUGAAAAGCUCCGACGUGACAUGGGGGAAUGAAACUGGAUGCUAAUUAUCUUACACCAGACAUUGACGCCAUAAUUUUGGCAAUUUUUCCUUCAUAUUCAAGUCUUGCUAAGUUUUCUCACGGUCCAUCACAGUAUCCGUGAUGGGCCAUAGGGAGAAAGGGGCUGCUGAGUCCCGGAGGCUCAAAAGUGUCAAAACCGUCACCCGGGGUCCCUCAUUUUUGUCAUGUUCUGUCAGCUUUGUGGCCCUGUCAGACUCGAUCAAACCUCUCCUGCCAGGCCCGGCUCUAGAGUCGGCCUUAGCUUUGGGGGGAGCACAUAACACUGCUCAAUAAAUCUUUGACAAUA